UCACUUCUUUUUCUUCGGAAAAAAAAAAGAAAAAAAAACAAGAAAUUUGGGAAAAAAGAAAAAUGGCUGUUAAUCUAAUGAGGAGGCUCUCAACCUCGAGGGGAUUGAUCAAUUCGUUCAGAGAGGAUCACAGCCGUCGAUUUCCGAUCGGAGCUUCUGGCGGGAUCGCCUUGUACUACUGCAGCUCGCAAAACUCCACGGUGUCUUAUCUUGACGCACAAAGUGAACAAACUGCUGGCAAAACUGCACUCAACCCAGAUAAGUGGUUGGAAUUUAAGCUUCAAGAAACAGCAAGAGUCAGCCAUAACACUAAGUUAUACAGGUUCACUUUUGACCCUUCUGUCGAUUUGGGUCUUUAUGUCGCUUCGUGUAUCCUUACAAGGGUUCCCAUUGGAGGAGAGACAGAAGAAGGAAAGAAGAAAUUUGUAAUCCGCCCGUAUACUCCCAUAUCAGAUCCUGAAUCCAAGGGUUACUUUGAUUUAUUGAUCAAGGUUUAUCCUGAAGGAAAGAUGAGUCAGCAUUUUGAUAAAUUAAAACCAGGCGAUGUGGUUGAAGUUAAAGGGCCAAUUGAAAAGAUCAGAUAUAGCCCGAACAUGAAAAAGAAAAUUGGCAUGAUUGCAGGUGGCACUGGGAUCACACCAAUGUUGCAGGUUAUCAAGGCGAUUGUAAAAAAUCCUGAGGACUGCACUCAGGUAUCAUUGCUUUAUGGUAAUGUAUCACCAGAUGAUAUUCUAUUAAAAGCAGAGCUUGACAGACUUGCAGCUAGCUAUCCAAAUUUCAAGGUGUUUUAUACUGUUGAUAACCCAUCCCAAAACUGGAGAGGAGGUUCAGGCUUUAUAUCAAAAGAUAUGGUUUUGAAGGGCUUGCCUGGUCCUGGGGACGACACGCUCGUACUUGUAUGUGGCCCUCCAGGAUUGAUGGAUCACAUAUCUGGAAAUAAGGCAAAGGAUUAUACGCAAGGCGAGCUUUCAGGGGUACUCAAGGAGUUGGGUUACACUGCAGAAAUGGUGUACAAGUUCUGAAAUAUCCUUUGGUGGUGAAGGGACAAGCUUUGGUUGAGCUCUUAGUUAUUUUCCAUCUCGCAAACAAUUGUAACCUGUGAUCUUUAGUGGAUUCCUGCAAUAAAAUUUUGACGCUGGUUGGAUGAAUGCUAAACGAAGAAACAAGAGGUGAAUAAAUAGUCUGAUCUUUAGAUCAACUUUGUGCGUUGGUUGUGUUGUUUAUUUCAUUUUUGUGAGCCUCACAUUUUUUCGCGAUCAAUGGAGCAUAUUUUGUUGGCUGGUACUUAUUUUGAUUUUUCGCUUCAAGGUUGUAAUCAACCGUUGGUGAAUAUGAUUCAACCAAUGCUUUUUGUA